AUGGCCCGGAUACCGCUGCUGCAGCGCGUUUGCAGUAUCCUGCUGCUGCUGGCGGUGGGCGCGACGGCGCUCAAGUUCGAGAUUCAGGCGGGCAGCGGCCACGACGCCAAGUCGCGCCGCUGCAUCCGCAACUUUGUGCAGAAGGACCAGCUGGUCGUCGUCACGGCCAUUUCGGAUGGGUAUCGUGGUGAUGGCAUGCAGCUGAGCAUGCAUAUUACCGAUGCCACCGGCAACGAGUACGGCAAGCCGCGCGACUUUGCGGGAGAGCAGCGUGUCGUCUUUACUUCGCACGCUGACGCCCCGUUCGACGUGUGCUUUGAGAACGUCCUGACAGGUUCCCGCUACGUGGACCGCCCCUUCCGGAGCAUCGAGCUGGACGUGGACAUCGGCGCGGACGCCAAGGACUGGGCGGCGAUCCAAGCCGCGGAAAAGCUCAAGCCGGUUGAGACGGAGCUGCGCCGCAUCGAGGAGCUGGUGGCCGAGAUCGUCAACGAGAUGGAGUACCUGCGUCUGCGCGAGCAGAAGCUGCGCGACACCAACGAGAGCACCAAUUCGCGCGUCAAGUGGUUCGGCUUUGCGACUACCUUCCUGUUGAUCGCCCUCUGGGUCUGGCAGAUCAUGUACCUGCGCGCCUACUUCCGGUCGAAGCAUCUCAUUUGA